GGGAGCAGAGGCAUCGCCCCCACGCCCAAUCAUCCGCCCCCAAAUCCCCAGAAGCACCCACCCCUCCGCGCGCGAGAUCCCACGCGCGUCCCUCCCACAGUCCCACCACCCCCCGGGGACGCGGACUCCCUCCUCCGUCCUCCCCCCCCCCCCGCGGUCCCAGCCCAGCGGUGGCCCUGCGACGACCGAUGGACGCGGCGGCGAAGAAGAUGACGCGGAGCAUCUCGCGGCAGCUCUCGUCGGGGGCGGCGCGGCUGUGGCGCCAGCUGUCGCUGGACCCGCACACCCCGCGCCGCGGCGGCCCGGGCCCGGUCCCAGCGGCGGGGGCCGGGCAGACGCGGUUCGCGAUCGCCAGGCAGUCGUCGCUCGACCCGACGCCGCGCGGCGGGCCGGACGGGUCGUCGGCGCACCAGCAGCUCGCGGUGCCGGAGAACCUGGACGCCACCAUGCGCCUGCUCUUCGCCGCGUGCCAGGGGGAUGCCGCCGGGGUCGAGGAGCUGCUCAGGAGCGGGGUGGACGUCGACAGCAUCGACCUCGACGGACGUACGGCGCUGCACAUCGCGGCCUGCGAGGGGCAGGGGGAGGUCGUGCGCCUGCUGCUCGACUGGAAGGCCAACAUCAACGCCCGCGACCGCUGGGGUAGCACGCCAGCAGCAGACGCGAAACAUUACGGCCAUUUUGAAGUAUAUAAUACUCUGAGAGCAAGAGGAGCAAAAGUUCCGAAAACCAGAAAGACCCCGAUGGCUGUGUCAAAUCCGAAACAAGUUCCAGAGUAUGAACUGAACCCACUUGAACUGGAGUUUCGAAGAGGAGAGGAGGUCACAAAGGGUACAUAUCUGGCAAAAUGGUAUGGCUCGAAAGUUUUUGUUAAGAUACUAGACAAAGACAGCUUCUCAGAUGCUGAAAGCAUAAAUGCGUUCAAACACGAGCUUACCUUACUUGAGAAAGCACGACAUCCCAAUUUGGUCCAAUUUGUUGGAGCUGUCACGCAAAAUGUCCCGAUGAUGAUUGUUUCAGAGUACCAUCAAAAGGGUGAUUUAGCCAGUUAUAUUGAGAUGAAAGGUCGGCUGAAGCCUCACAAAGCUAUAAGAUUUGCUCUUGACAUUGCGAGGGGACUGAAUUAUCUCCAUGAGUGCAAGCCUGAGCCAAUCAUUCAUGGAAAUUUGUCGCCAAAAAACAUCAUUCGGGACGAUGAAGGACAACUUAAGGUGGCUGGUUUUGGAUCACUGAGUUUGAGUAAAGUUUCUGAAGAUAAAGUACAAAUGGCUCAGCCAGUUACAAAAUUUGACAAUGUAUACAUCGCUCCCGAGGUCUACAAAAACGAACCAUUUGACAGAAGUGUAGAUGUAUUUGCAUUUGGUCUCAUUCUUUAUGAGAUGAUUGAAGGAGCUCCUGCUUUUCACCCAAAGCCACAAGAGGAAGCAGCUAAGAUGAUUUGCUUAGAGGGGCUGAGACCACCAUUCAAGAAUAAACCGAAAUACUACCCCAGUGAUGUGAAAGAGUUGAUACAAGAAUGCUGGGAUCCGAUGCCUUCCGUCAGGCCAACAUUCGCGGAGAUAAUUGUGCGCCUGAACAAGAUACAUGCGAACUGUGCUAAGCAGGGUAGCUGGAGAGACACCUUCAAGCUUCCAUGGAAACAAACUGGAGAGAGAUAAUUGUAAAGCCCCGCGAGGCUGCCGUGUCAAGAUUUCGCCCCUUCCCUUCAGCAAGUGUGAGUAAACACGAGUCAAGAAACGUACAGAGUUACAAACAGAAAGGCAAAGUUCCUAUUUAGUUCAGGUUUCAGACCAGUUUGUGCUUUGUAGCCUGUAUAACUGUAUCUAGGCUUAUGCCACCGGCCCAAUUUCUCUUGAGCUAUCUUCAUCCAAACGGGAACAACAGAGUAUUAAUCAGUAUUCUGAACAUUCAGGGCGUGCCUAUUCCUUUUGAACUCCUACGUGAACGUUGUAAAUUCUGCACGAUUUCCUUUCGUGCCUUUUGUGUACGUUGUGCUGAAAGAGAACCAGAGGCAUACGCAUAUCCCGA